AUGGCGCACAUGUGCAGGCAGCUGGUGGGGGGGGCGGCCAGCUGCGCGGGCUGGGUCGGGCUCAUCGUCGGCACGGCCACGAACGACUGGGUUCGAACCUGCGAGUACGCGGUGUCCACCUGCGUGCGCAUGGACGAGCUGGGCUCCAGGGGCCUGUGGGCGGAGUGCGUCAUCUCCCCCGCCCUCUCCCACUGCGUCGCUCACAGCCAGAUCCUCAGCCUGCCAGCCUACUUGCAGACGUCUCGUGCUCUGAUGAUUGGCUCCUCCCUCCUCGGCCUCCCGGCCACGCUGCUCGUGCUCAUGGCGAUGUCUUGCGUGCGGCUGCAGAAUGACACCGCGGCCGUGAAGCUGCGCCGCGCACGAGUGGGAGGAGUCCUGUUCAUCCUCAUGGCUGUGUGUGGCACCAUCUCCACGGUCUGGUUUCCGAUCGGCGCCCACCAGGACGAGGGUCUGAUGUCUUUCGGCUUCUCGCUCUACGCCGGCUGGGUGGGCUCGGGUCUCUGCCUCGUGGGCGGCUGCAUGAUCCUGUGUUGCCAUGGCACCGACCUGCGGAACCCGGGCCGAGAGAACAGCUUCUACUACUCCAGGAAGAGGGGGACGGACUCGCCGAUGGACCCCCCCGCCAACCACGCCAAGAGCGCCAUGGUGUAG